GAUAUAUUUUCGUUAUAUUUCUGCCGCCGCGAGCAUACUGGAGCACGACAGAGAUGAAUUUUUAAUAAAUAGUUUGGAGGUAAAGGAGGAGGAAUUUGCUGACUUACGGCAGUCCAAAUUCGCCGCUUGACGCCCGGCUAAUGUGACGGAAGUGGAGGGCGUGGGAGGUUGCGUUUAUAACCAAGCCAAGUUGUAAGGUGUUGCAAUGAAACCAGAUCUCAUUCAGGCGGAUGACCAAAUCUCUCGUGACGACGCUGAUCUCGUCAACGGCGGAGACUGCCGCGUCAAUUCCGAUCUAUCUGCACAGAUCUGAUAUCCCUACUUUAGGGUUUCGCGGGCCACCGGCGGGUAGAGUUUUCAAAUAUCUGUCUGGGUAAUAAGGAGGUAGGGUGGCAGAGAUGCUGACCAAGUUCGAGACCAAGAGUAAUCGGGUAAAGGGGAUUAGCUUUCACAGGAAGAGGCCUUGGAUAAUUUCUAGUCUUCAUAGUGGAGUGAUACAGCUAUGGGACUAUCGCGUGGGAACUCUUAUCGACCGUUUUGAAGAGCACGAUGGACCCGUGCGCGGACUCCAUUUUCAUAAAUUGCAGCCGUUAUUUGUUUCCGGAGGUGAUGAUUACAAAAUUAAGGUCUGGAAUUACAAAACACGCCUUUGCUUGUUUACUCUUCUUGGGCACCUUGACUACAUUCGUACAGUACAAUUCCAUGAUGAAUACCCUUGGGUUGUUAGCGCAAGUGAUGAUCAAACUAUUAGGAUUUGGAACUGGCAGUCUCGUGUCUGCAUUUCAGUUUUGACUGGCCACAAUCACUUUGUGAUGUGCGCGUCAUUCCAUCCAAAGGAGGAUCUUGUUGUAUCUGCUUCCCUGGAUCAGACUGUCCGUGUUUGGGAUAUCGGUGCCCUGAGGAAGAAAACAGUAACCCCAGCUGAUGAUACUUUGCGUCUGAGCCAGAUGAACACAGAUCUAUUUGGCGGUGUUGAUGCAGUUGUCAAAUAUAUCUUAGAGGGUCAUGAGCGGGGAGUCAAUUGGGCAUCAUUUCAUCCUAAUUCGCCUCUCAUUGUCUCUGGUGCAGAUGAUCGGCAAGUAAAAUUAUGGAGAAUGAACGAUACAAAGGCAUGGGAAGUGGACACGUUGAGAGGGCAUAUGAACAAUAUUUCUUGUGUGAUGUUCCAUGCAAAACAGGAUAUUAUCGUGUCCAAUUCUGAGGACAAAAGCAUUCGUGUCUGGGAUGCGACUAAGCGUACUGCUAUUCAGACAUUUCGCCGAGAGCAUGAUCGUUUUUGGAUUCUGUCUGUGCAUCCAGAAAUGAAUCUACUUGCUGCUGGCCAUGACAGUGGAAUGAUAGUAUUCAAACUAGAGAGAGAGCGUCCUGCUUUUUCUGUCAGUGGGAACUCCCUAUAUUAUGUCAAAGAUCGGUUUUUAAGGUUUUAUGAGUUUUCAUCUCAGAAGGAUAAUCAAGUGUUCCCAAUAAGGAAAGCUGGUGCUAUAAGCUUGAAUCAGAGUCCAAGAACACUCUCUUUCAGCUCAACAGAGAAUGCUAUCUUGGUAUGUUCUGAUGCAGAUGGAGGUUCUUAUGAGCUCUAUGUAGUUCCAAGAGACAAUGGUGGAAAGGCAGAUGUUGUUCCGGAUGCGAAGAGAGGAGGAGGGUCUGCUGUUUUUGUUGCCCGCAACAGGUUCGCCGUGUUAGACAAGAGCAGCAAUCAGGCAUUAGUCAAGAAUCUUAAGAAUGAGAUUAUAAAAAAGAGUUCCCUUCCUAUUGCUACAGAUGCAAUCUUUUAUGCUGGAACUGGUAAUCUGUUGUGCAGGGCUGAAGAUAAGUUAGUCAUCUUUGAUCUUCAACAGCGUCUCAUUCUAGGGGAAAUUCAGGUACCUUCAGUCAAAUAUAUUGUUUGGUCAAGCGACAUGGAAACUGUUGCAUUGAUCAGCAAGCAUACCAUAGUUAUUACCUGCAAGAAACUUGUUCACCGUUGUACACUGCAUGAGACAAUCCGUGUGAAAAGUGGUGCCUGGGAUGAGAAUGGCGUCUUCAUCUAUGCAACCUUGAACCACAUUAAGUAUUGCCUCCCUAAUGGGGACAAUGGAGUUAUAAGGACUCUGGAUGUACCAGUAUACAUAACUAAGGUUUCUGGCAACAAUAUCAAUUGUUUGGAUCGUGACGGGAAGAAUCAGGUGAUAGCAGUUGAUGCUACAGAGUAUGUUUUUAAGCUUUCGCUUCUUAGGAAAAAAUAUGACAAUGUUUUGACUAUGAUCAGGAGUUCACAAUUGUGUGGGCAGGCUAUUAUUGCAUACCUGCAACAAAAAGGAUUUCCUGAGGUAGCUCUUCACUUUGUUAAAGAUGAGAGAACCAGAUUCAACUUAGGUCUUGAGAGUGGUAACAUCCAGAUAGCUGUUGCUUCUGCAAAGGAGAUAGAUGAAAAGGACCAUUGGUACAGAUUAGGCAUUGAAGCCCUUCGACAAGGGAAUACCAGUAUUGUAGAAUAUGCUUAUCAGUGGACUAAAAACUUUGAAAGAUUAUCUUUUUUGUAUCUCAUCACUGGUAAUAGGUUGAAGCUAUCAAAAAUGUUGAGGAUCGCUGAAAUGAAGAAUGAUGUUAUGGGUCAGUUCCACAAUGCUAUGUAUCUGGGCGAUAUCCCGACACGCGUGGCAAUAUUGGAAAAUGCUGGCCAGUUGCCUCUUGCAUAUAUCACAGCUUUGACUCACGGGCUCAUUGAAACUGCAGAAAGACUUGCCGCUGAAUUGGGGGAUAACGUUCCUGUCAUACCAGAAGGUAAAGUCCAUUCUCUUUUGCUGCCACCAACCCCACUCAUCAGUGGCGGCGACUGGCCAUUGUUGAGGGUCAUGAGGGGCAUUUUUGCGGGCAGAUUAGAUGUUGCUGGAAGGCCAGGGCAUGAAGAAGAAGAAGAAGAAGAAGAAGAAGAAGCUUCUGGUGCUGAAUGGGGUGAAGAAGAUUUGGAUAUUGUUGAUGCGGACCCUGUAAUAAAAAAUGGUGGUAUAGAUGCAAAAGUUGAUGUUGUUGAAGGAAAUGAAGAAAAUGGAGGAGGAUGGGAUCUUGAGGAUCUGGACUUACCUCCUGAUGCAGACAUUCCAGUGGCUGCAGGUAAUGCCCGAGCAUCCGUUUUUGUUGCUCCUACUCAAGGCUUGCCUGUGAGUCAAAUUUGGAUUAAAAAAUCAUCUCUUGCUGGGGAGCAUGCUGCAGCUGGAAACUUCGAAACCGCAAUGCGCCUACUUAACCGGCAGCUAGGUAUAAAUAAUUUUGCUCCAUUGAAGCAGAUAUUUCUGGAAUUAUACAUGGGUAGUCAUACAUAUAUUCAUGCUUUUACUAAGGCUCCAGUUAUAUUAACGGCCAUUAAUGCCUGGAAUGAGUCUGCCAGUCCUAAUGUUAGGGAUCCGCCAUCUUUAACAUUCAAGUUCUCACAAAUGGAUGAAAAACUCAAGGCUGCUUACCGAACAACAACGGAAGGGAGGUUCCCAGAGGCUUUAAGACUAUUUCUCAAUAUCUUACACAUCAUCCCUCUUGUUGUUGUGGAUUCUAGAAGAGAGGUUGAUGAAGUCAAGGAGCUAAUUGAGAUCGCUAAAGAGUAUGUUUUGGGCUUGAAGAUUGAAGUCAAAAGAAAGGAAAUCAAAGGUGAUGUGAUUCGGCAACAAGAGCUUUCAGCAUUCUUUACAAAUUGUAAGCUUCAGAAGGUUCACUCAAGGUUGGUUCUCACAAGUGCCAUGAUCACUUGUUUCAAGGGAGGAAAUUAUGCUACAGCAGCCAAUUUCGCAAGGAUGCUUUUAGAGAAUAGCCCAACUGAGAAUCAAUCAAGAAAGGCAAGACAAGUUCUGCAGGCCUGUGGUGAUAAAAAGGAUGCUCAUCAGCUCAAUUAUGAUUACAGAAAUCCUUUUGUGGUAUGUGGAGCCACCUUUGUUCCAAUAUACCGUGGACAAAAGGAUGUCUCAUGUCCUUACUGUGGGGCUAGAUUUAUCCCUUCCAUUCAAGGACAGCAGUGCACUAUUUGUGAGAUUGCGGUGGUCGGCGCAGAUGCAUCAGGUCUUCUCUGCUCUCCAGCUCAGGGAAAAUUGUUAGGUUAGGACACCUAACAAAGAGAAUUAUCCAGAUUUCUUUCUGUCUAUAGUAAAAGUGCAGUCAAAGCAUAGGUAUUGUAGCAGCUGCACUUUGACUGUAGACAUAUCCGAAUGAUGAUAAUUUCUCUCUGUCCGGUGUCCCCACCUAAAAAUUUUCCCAGCACAGUUGAGAUAAAUGGAAUUAAUUUGUUCAGCAAUCUAUCAUCGUUUAUGUCUUUAUAUGCUGAUUCUCAUUUUCUUUCUUCUCCAUAACUGAUUUUCUUUCAGGUAAAGAAUAAAAAUAGGAAAAGCUGGUUUUAUACUAUAGAUUCCGUUGUAGAAAUUUUGUAACAAUGUAGAUUUUUUUAUUUAUUUAUUUUGAAGUUUUAUGUGAAUGGUUCAAUCAACUUUUGUCAAAUAUUUGGAUAGGCUUUGCUCUCGGUUCCUUUAUUCUCGUGACAUUGCAGCUAAAAAGCUUCGUCUUAUUGCCUGGAAAGACACUUGCAUUCCAAAAAUUAAUGUUCUAUGUUCUGGAACAAAAUUUCUGUUAUUGCUGCUCAAAUUAAGCACUGUCUGAAUUUUAGGAUCCUGCCUAACAGUCACCAUUCCCUUUUUUGGGACCCCUGGUGCCAUGGUAAUUCUAUCUCUGAGUUGGCUGUUUCUAAUUUGGGUGGGUGCUGGCUGGAUAAUCUCAACAAAAAUUCCGUGUCUACCAUUCUUUUGAAUGGUAGCUGGAAUUUACCUUAUGGCUGGCCCUAUGCUCUCACGACUAUCAUUAAUUCUGUUCCAAUUAGUAAUGCUGCCACUGGUUGCUUCUGGUCAUAUUCUGAGAAGGUUACCAACAAAAUUUUUAGGAAAGAAUUUUAUAUACAUUACUCGGUGAUGGAUUGGUAUCAUUUUGUUUGGCAUAAACAUUCGGCUAUCAGAUAUUCUGCAUUUGGUUGGCUGGCUGUUAAGAACGGGCUUAAAACGGCUGACAUCUUGAUUAGGCGUGGUAUUACUGUUAAUCCACUUUGUAUCUUCUGCUUGAUGAGUAAUGAAUCACACUCUCAUCUGUUUUUUGAAUGUGACUAUUCUUUUAAGAUCCUCUGUGCUUUAAUCCCCCAAGCACAUUCGUUACUUCUUCGUCCGAACAUACACCAAAUGUUUUACUUUCUGGACGAUAUUUCGGACUCGUCUGAAUUUCUGAACUUCUACUGCUUGGUGGUAAAUACUGCUAUUUACUAUACCUGGCGUGCUCGUAAUGACAGAAUUUUUGGCAACAAAAUUGACUGUCACACUACUGUGGUCAGAAAGAUUAAGUAUGCUGUACUGGCUAAAUUGGGGAGAUGGAAAAAUGGCAGCAAUUUACUGCAUCUGUUGGGGUAAUUGGUAUCCUUGUGCUACCAUCUGCGGUUGGCAUUUGGCUGGUGUUUUUAUCUUGAAACGUUCCAAUUAUAAUGGCUGUUGGUGCUGCUUAUGGUUUGGGCUGAAUUCUAUUGAGUAUAACUGCUGCUGGGCGUUUUUUUGGUGGCCCUCUCGGUCUUCCAGAUACAAAGGUUUUUGGUUAUUUCAGACAAUUUUGCAGGACGAUGAUGACCGCUGCAGCCCUACCCCUUGGAGGGUCUUUUUGGCAACCAGGGGUAAUUUUUGGAUCAAUGCGAUGACCGAGUCCCUCGUUAAUUCCGCUGCAGCUAAUACCUGAGUCCUGAUCAAAUUUUGUAUACCACUUUUGUUCGGUUUUUGUUUAUUGGUGGUAUAGGUUUUUCUUUUAUAG